GGAGGAGGUGUUCCUGGUGGCCAUCUUGGAUGCGCGGAGUGAUUGUUUGGCGAAUAGAAGUAAUAGGAAAUAAAAAAUAAAGACGGAAAAAAAAGUUGGGAAAUUGGUAACGGAACACAAGCUGAAAGAAAGAGGAAAGGUGAAACUAAGGAAAAACAGCAAAAGAAGGCAUGAAGAAAACAUCUUAGUCAAGUCAUGGCUGAUAAAAGAAAACUACAAGGUGAAAUUGAUCGAUGUCUAAAAAAAGUGGCAGAAGGAGUAGAACAGUUUGAAGACAUUUGGCAAAAGCUUCACAAUGCAGCCAAUGCCAACCAAAAAGAGAAAUAUGAGGCUGACCUCAAGAAAGAGAUAAAAAAAUUGCAGCGCCUCCGAGACCAGAUUAAGACGUGGGUGGCCUCAAACGAGAUCAAAGACAAAAGGCAGCUCGUGGACAACCGCAAGCUUAUAGAGACACAAAUGGAGCGCUUUAAAAUUGUAGAGCGAGAGACAAAAACGAAAGCCUACUCCAAAGAGGGACUCGGCCUUGCUCAGAAAGUGGAUCCCGCACAGAAAGAGAAAGAGGAGGUUGGACAGUGGCUCACGGCGACGAUAGACACGUUAAACAUGCAAGUGGACCAGUUUGAAAGUGAGGUGGAGUCACUCUCAGUUCAGACACGGAAGAAGAAAGGAGACAAAGAGAAGCAGGAUCGAAUAGACGAGCUGAAAAAGUUGAUCGAGAGGCACCGCUACCACAUCCGUAUGCUGGAGACCAUUCUGCGAAUGUUAGAUAACGACUCGGUACAGGUGGAUUCCAUACGCAAGAUCAAAGAUGAUGUGGAAUACUACAUCGAUUCUUCUCAGGAUCCUGACUUUGAGGAGAAUGAAUUCCUCUAUGAUGACCUGGACCUGGAGGAUAUAUCCCAGCCUCUGGUUGCCACUUCUCCUCCAGCUCACACAGAGGAUGAAAUCUUCCAGCACUCCAGUUCCACACCGACAUCCACCACUUCGUCUUCCCCAAUCCCUCCAUCCCCGGCUACUUGCACUACGAAUUCUGAGGAUGAUAAGAAGCGAGGUCGUUCCACAGAUAGUGAAUUCAGUCAGUCUCCAGUGAAGAAUGGCAAUCCAUCAUCUCUGUCCUCAAUCUCAUCAUCCUCUUCAUCUUCGGGAUCCUCCUCUACCUCGGUGGUGUCUGUGGCCACCAUAGCAAGCAGCAGCAGCUCGGGAGGUGGGGGCAGCAGCCUCCUGAGCAACAUGGGAGGCCAUGUACAAAACUCAUGCAGCUACAGCUCUGCCAUCCAGCAGCAAAUGCAGCAUGGCCAACAGCAGCAUCAAUCCAAAAAUGCCAUCAACUCUCAAUCCAGCACCUCUGCCUCUGCAGCUCCCACCAGUAUCCUCUUACCCAACCCCACAUCAACCACGUCUCCUUCCAGUAUCAGUACAUCCAGCAACCAGGUUCAGCCUCCGCUCACUCCAAGUCCAGCUUCCAGCCUGAGCCACGCUCUCAGCUUGGGCCUAGCCAAGAGUACUGCGCCGACCACCAGUGGUGUUGGCCAGAUUACCGGCCUUGGUCUUUCAGGGAUGCCGGCAUCCAGGACCAGUAUGCCAGGGCCCCUACAAGGUACCACCCCAGCGCCAUAUGCUCAGGCUGCUGCAUCUGGCACUGCCAAUGCCACAGUUAAUGCCAGCAUCACAAACUCCAGUGGAGUUCCCACAGCUGGCACAAAUGGAAAUGGUAUGUCAGCAGCUCUCCUGGGGUCAGCACCAGGCACUACAGGCAUAAGCAGUGCAGUCUUAGGUCUCGGGACCACACAGACUACAGUGCAGCCCCCGUCCUUGGUGUCGCCCAGCCCUAUCGGAGGGGGACUGGUGCAGGCGAGCAGCGUGGGCGUCAUUGGGAGUAACGGGGGAAGCUCUACAUCAGGAAGUGCAGCAGCUGUCGGGAGCUCUGGAAUUGUGAGGCCACCUAGUGGGCAGAAACAGAAUGGUGGCACGACCGAGGCUUUCAUUCCACCCGCUCUCUCUCCAGCCUAUAGUGCCGUAGUAGCAGAUAGCGCAUCUGAUUCUGCCCUCAGUAGUGCCAACCAGUUACAAAACAACCAAGCCUCAACCUUAAAUUCCACAACCAAUCUGCCUAAGGACAGCGGGUCAAGCCUUCUGGGAUCUAUCACUCUUGCUGCCAGUUCACCAUCGCCGUCAUAUAGUGAGAGUAAACCAAGUGGGGGCAGCCUGCUGAAUGGACCUCACUCCUACACACAAGCAGCUGAUGCCAUCAAGGAACAAAUGGACCUUGGGGUUCUACAGUCAACUCCAGAAGUAUUGCCUUCUUUCUUGAAACCUCAGGAACCGCUCAGUUCUCUGAAAUCGAUGGCAGAGAGAGCAGCUCAGGGCUCAGGUUUAGAGGGAGAACUCUCUGCGCUACAUCUCACCGGAGUAAACAAAGUUGGAGAGUGGAAUACACGAGAGUGCAAUGGUUCAGAUAUCUUCCCUAGUUCCACAGCCCCGCCAUGUCCUCCUACAGCCCCCCAGUCUUCUCUUACAGAGGUUAACAUUCCUCCAUCGUUGGGCGUCUGUCCUCUGGGUUCCGUCCCUAUCUCCAAAGAGCAGCACUACCAGCACGUUAUGCAAGAGGCAGCGUGGACACACAUGCCCCACCCGUCAGACUCGGAGAGGAUCAGGCAGUACCUGAUGAGGAAUCCCUGUCCUACGUUGCCUUACCAUCACCAGGUGCCACCACCACACUCGGACUCUGUGGAGUUUUACCAGAGGCUGUCCACAGAGACGCUCUUCUUUAUUUUCUACUACCUUGAGGGCACAAAGGCUCAGUAUUUGGCAGCCAAAGCCUUGAAAAAGCAGUCCUGGAGGUUCCACACAAAGUACAUGAUGUGGUUCCAGAGGCACGAGGAGCCGAAGACCAUCACUGAUGAGUUUGAGCAGGGGACAUACAUUUACUUUGACUAUGAGAAGUGGGGCCAGAGGAAGAAGGAAGGCUUCACGUUUGAGUACAGGUACCUGGAGGACCGGGACCUCCAGUGACGGCCAAGAAGAACCGCAGACUACUGUCGACAUUCCUGGACUGAACCCGCACUCUCGCGCACAUGUGGUGUAGCGACUCAGAAGCUGUUGCGAGGCUGUUUUAUGUCUCGUUGGUGCAUAUUGCCUUUGGAGUUUCUCCCAGUACCGACAAAAUCCACUUGCCCAGUACCCCCCCUUCCCUACACCCACCCACCCACACACACACUUUUACCACCAUGUUUUAGGAAAUCCCGACAGAUUGUUCUUGAGCCAAAGAGACCCACGCCUACAGAAGUUCAUCCAGCACAGUAGACGGCAAACCCGAGUCAGAUUGCUGGUACGAGUCGUAGCGCACAAGCAAACGUUAAAUAUCUUCUAGCACAAGGAAUUCCGAGCAGUGAGAGGCCAAAUUCAGCCGCUUAUCCUUGACCUCGUCAUUUUAAAGCUCUACGAAACGAACUAGCGUCUAACAGGUAACUCUGUUCACGUCCUCCUUGUACCUUAAGCACGGCUUUUAACGGGACGUUUUAACCAUCAGGGUCGACGUCCUCGUACAACGAUCCAACACUCAAGAUGAAUUACAGUCUGUCUGUGUCCCGCUCCAUACGUUCAUAUCCAACCCCUAAUUCUAACUACAGAUAACGACACUGCCCAGAGCAAGAGAGAAUUGGAAACGAAAAGCACCAGCACUAAACAAAAAAUAAAAAAUCCUUGAAGGUCAGCUUACGUGUCUGCUCAUGCAGAUUUGGACAUGCACCCAUUACUGAGGCUCAGGAAAAAAAAAAGGUUAAAAAAAAAAAUGACUUAGUUUGCAUGACCACAGUAUUGUGUACGGAUCAUACUUUGAUUUAAACUGACAAAAAAACCCAACAGAUAUUCUGUGGGUCAUUAAUAGCCUGCAGUCACUAUGAGAUGAAUUGGUACUCUGACUCUGAAUGUGUUUGGAUAUUCACAAAAAAAAAAAAAAAUAUGGACAUGCAUCAAUACAGUCGCUUUAGAGACAAACUCCUUACAAACCUUCACCUUCUUCUCCAGCCAUCUUCUUCAUGUCCCAAAGCUGCUUCUUCUGCUUCAUUAUAAUAUUCUCCAAUUUUUUGGAGCACCACCCUGACGAGCCUGUUCACGAGAAGCUGCCAUCUUAGCUAUAACUGAAGAAAAUAGAUAAUCAACAGUUGCGUUUUGUUUAAUUCCAUUAAACAUGAUGCAUGAAACCUAUUUGACAAGUGGCUAUCCAGUUUUUUGUUACGUUUACCUUUUCUGAGCGUACUGUAUGGAAGAGAAUUAAAAAUGUGAAUUAUAAUUAUAUAUUUUUUUCCUAACUGGAAAAAAGAGUGAUGUACAGAGCAAUCUUUUCAUCUCGCGUCUCCCCUCGUCUCCUUCCCCUCCGUUUUCAAAGGAACAGCCUAAAAAAUAAAACGACAGUCGCAAAGUGGAGAGGAUUUCAAGAACAAUACACAUACAAGACAUUCAAAUGAAGUAAAGGAUUGUAAAAUAUUAAUAAAGAAAUUACUUUUCAAAGAA